AUGAUGAAAGAAGUAAAAAAAAAAUUAUUAAAUAAAGAAUCAAAUGUUUUAGGAUUAUAUAAUGCAAAACCAAAUGAAAUUGAGAACCCAUUAGGAAAAGUUACAAUUGGAGCAAGUAUUUUUAGUUUUAUUCAAAUUUCAGUAUUUUUAAGUUGGUUUUAUUGGGUAUAUAAAAAGUAUAUGAUUUGGUUUGAACAUGAAGAAUUAACAAGAACAUCAACAUUAUUACCAAAUACAUCAAUUGUUAAAGUUGGAAUUCCACUUUUCAUUCUCUCAAUAAUUUUAGAAUAUUUAAUUGGUUUAUUAUCAACUACAGAUUAUAAUUCCAAAGAACAAUAUAGAUUGUCAGAUACAAUUGCAAGUUUUUCAAAUGGUAUAAUUCAACAAUUGAUUGAAAUGUGGACAACAUUAAUAGGUGACAUGUUUGGAUUAGUUAUGAUAACGGCAAUUCCAUAUAAAUUUAUUUAUGAAAAUUAUGGAGUAACUAGAAUAUUCGAAGGAAAUUGGCAAGGUUUCUUAUUCAUGUUUUUGGCCAGAGAUUUCUGCUAUUACUGGUUCCACAGGGCAGCCCACAGAUGUGCCUUCAUGUGGGCCGUGCACGGCGUCCAUCAUCAACCCAAUAGCUUUUCAUACCAUGUUAACCUAAGUCAAGGAGGAAUCCAACGAAUCACAUCCACAGUUUUCUAUGCCCCAUUGGCGUUGUUCUGCCCACCGGAAUUGUAUACCAUCAUAUUCCCAAUGGAGAAGAUUUAUGGAUUUUUCACACACACAUGUUUAGUGGGGAGAUCACAUUGGUUGGUCUCACUGUUUUUCGUAACACCAUCAUCACAUCGUGUUCAUCAUGCUGGUGCACCUACUAAAUAUAUUGAUAAAAAUUAUGGAGAAAUGUUAUCAAUUUGGGAUAAAUUAUUUGGCACGCAUCAAGAAGAAGAGGAGGCAAUAGUGUUUGGACAUUGUCAACCUAUAGAUUCCUAUGAACCUAUCUAUUCACAAUUUAACGGUUGGUUAAAAAUUUGGAAAAAAUCAAAAUUGGUUAAAUCACCUUGGAAAAAGUUUUUAUGUUUUAUAAUGCCACCAGGUUGGGAUCCAAUAAUUGGGAAAGAAUUUGAUCUAUCAUCAAGUAAUUUAAAAAAUUCAACACCUUAUAAUUCUGAAAAAUAUGAUUCUCAAUUACCAAAUAAUUUAUUAAAAUUUUAUUUAUUAAUUUGGUUUAUUCAAACACUUGCUUUAUCAAUUUAUUUAAUUAAAAUGAAUACUCAAUUCAUAAAACCAAAUGGUGGAGGUGGUGGUGGUGGCUAUUAUUUUCUAGAAAUUAUUAUUUUAUUUUGUUAUAUUAUUUAUAGUUUAUUUUGUUUUGGUUCAAUUUCAGAUUUAAAUUCAAAUUCAAUUUAUUAUGAUUCAAUUAGAUUAUUAUUAACACCUUUAAUUUUUUAUUCGAUUUUUAAUCAAAAAUUAUCAAAAUCAAUUUUUGUUUAUAUUUCAAUUAUAUGUUUAAUUUCAUUUUUAAUUUUAUUUUCAAAUAAAAAUUAUUUUAAAUUUGAAAAAUCAAUUGAAAAACAAAAAAGAAUUUGGAUAAAAGAAAUUGGUAGGGAUUAUACAAAUAAAUUAAAUAAAAUUAAAUAA